UGCAAGACCCCCACCUUCGUCCCCCCAGGAAGCAUGAACAGGAAAGACAGCAAGAGGAAGUCCCACCAGGAAUGCACGGGGAAGACAGGGGCAGGGGGCCGGCCCCGACAAGCCCGCCGCCACAAGACGUGCCCCAGCCCCCGGGAAAUCAGCAAGGUCAUGGCCUCCAUGAACCUGGGCGUGCUGAGCGAGGGCGGCUGCAGUGAGGAGGAGAUGCUGGAGAAAUGCAUCCAGUCCUUCGACUCAGCUGGCAGCCUGCGCCAUGGGGACCACAUUCUUAACAUGGUGCUGGCCAUGCACAGCUGGGUGCUGCCUUCCGCCGACCUUGCUGCCCGUCUGCUAACCAAGUACCAGAAGGCUGCAGAGGACACACAGGAGCUGAGGCGGCUGCAGAUCUGUCACCUGGUCAGGUACUGGAUGACUCAACACCCAGAGGCCGUACACCAGGAGCCCCAGCUAGAAGAAGCCAUAGGUCGUUUCUGGGCCACUGUGGCCCAGGAGGGCAACUUGGCCCAGAGGAGCCUGGGAGAUUCUUCCAACCACCUGAGCCCAGGUGGCCCCGGGCCCCCGCCCCCCAUGAGCAGCCCAGGCCUGGGCAAAAAGCGCAAAGUGUCCCUGCUUUUCGACCACUUGGAGACGGGGGAGCUGGCUCAGCACCUCACUUACCUGGAGUUCCGGUCCUUCCAGGCUAUCACGCCGCAGGACCUGCGGAGCUACGUUCUGCACGGCUCGGUGCAGGGCUGCCCGGCCCUGGAGGGUUCCGUGGGCCUCAGCAACAGCGUGUCCCGCUGGGUGCAGGUCAUGGUGCUCAGCCGUCCCGGCCCCGCACAGCGCGCGCAGGUGCUGGACAAGUUCAUCCAGGUGGCACAGAGUCUCCACCAGCUGCAGAAUUUCAACACUCUGAUGGCGGUCACGGGGGGCCUGUGUCAUAGUGCCAUCUCCAGACUCAAGGACUCCCACACCCACCUGAGCCCUGACAGCACCAAGGCCCUGCUGGAACUGACCGAGCUCCUCGCCUCCCACAACAACUAUGCCCGCUACCGCCGCACUUGGGCUGGCUGCACGGGCUUCCGGCUGCCAGUGCUGGGUGUGCACCUCAAGGACCUGGUGUCCCUGCACGAGGCACAGCCUGACCGGUUGCCUGAUGGCCGUCUGCACCUACCCAAGCUGAACAGCCUCUACCUGCGGCUGCAGGAGCUGGCAGCCCUGCAGGGGCAGCAGCCGCCCUGCAGUGCCAACGAGGACCUGCUGCAUCUUCUCACGCUUUCCUUGGAUCUCUUCUACACGGAGGAUGAGAUCUACGAGCUUUCUUACGCCCGCGAGCCCCGCUGUCCCAAGAGUCUGCCACCCUCCCCCUUCAAAGCACCUCUGGUGGUAGAGUGGGCCCCUGGUGUGACACCCAAGCCGGACAGGGUCACCCUGGGUCGGCAUGUGGAGCAGCUGGUGGAGUCCGUAUUCAAGAAUUAUGACCCUGAAGGCCGAGGAACCAUCUCUCAGGAGGACUUUGAGCGGCUCUCGGGCAGCUUCCCCUUCGCCUGCCAUGGGCUUCACCCACCUCCCCGCCAGGGGAGAGGCUCCUUCAGCAGAGAGGAGCUGACGGGGUACCUGCUCCGGGCCAGCGCCAUCUGCUCCAAGCUGGGCCUGGCCUUCCUGCACACCUUCCAUGAGGUCACCCUCCGCAAGCCCACCUUCUGUGACAGCUGCAGCGGCUUCCUCUGGGGCGUCACCAAGCAAGGCUACCGCUGUCGGGACUGUGGGCUGUGUUGCCACAAACACUGCAGAGACCAAGUGAAGGUGGAGUGUAAGAGGAGGCCGGGGGCCAAGAGCGAUGCGGGCCCCCCAGGAGCCCCAGUCCCGCCCACACCAAGUCCCCCUGCCAGCUGUGGCUCCGAGGAAAAUCUCUCCGACACACUAUCCCUGGAACCUGAGACUGGGUGCCGCCUUCGCCAUGCCUGGACCCAGACGGAGGCCCCACACCCUUCCUGGGAAUCAGAGAUGGUCCCCUGCCCAGCGAUGGCCCCGUCAUCCACCUCCUCCUCCAAGCUGGAUUCUUAGACACCACUUCAGUCUCCUCCCUUCCCCCAGCCAGUCCCAAGUCCUGCCCUGAGCCUCCAGCAGGGCUCCCAAAGGCACUGCUCCCUCCCUGUUCACGCUGUCUUUGGUGACAUGCCCAUCAUCUCUUACCCUGAAAGUUAUUUUCUUCUCUUGCAUCACAGUGGGUACUGAUCAUACUUCCCUUUUCCUACACCAAGUAUCUAUGUAGCUCUGUGUUGGUUAUAUUUAGACUCAGGGAUGAUCUCACCACCUCCCUAAACUUCUAUUUCACAUACAAGGAGACUGAGGCUCGGAGAGGUUAAGCUGCUGGCUCCAGGGGGCAGAGAUGCCAAGGACUGGAGGCAAGACUCAAAAGAGCAGGUAGUUCCAGACUCUGGGCUUCCAGAGACAGGAGAGAAGGCUGGGAAGGGGACGGAACAGGAGCCUGCGAAUCCCUAAGUCAGAUCACAGCUCUCCUCUGCUCGGAGCCCUCUUGUGGCUCCCCUCAUCAGGGUAAAAGCAAGAGUCCUCACUGUGGCCCACAAAGCCCCACACGAUCCGCCCCAACACCUCUCUGACCUCACCUCCCAGCCCUCACCUCCUUACUCGCCUUACUUCAGUUACACUGGUCUUGAUGUUUCCUGAACAUGCCCAAAAUACUCCUACCUCAGGGCCUUUGCACUGGCUGUUCCCUCUGCCUGGAAUGCUCUUCCUGAGGCCCACCUGUCUCCCUCUUUGGGACUUUGCUCAAGUGGCCCCUUCUCCAUGAGGCUUCCCUGACCAUACUCAAAGACACAGUCCCCCCCCC